AUGUACCAGAUAUUCUGUUCCCAAGCUGUGUGUUUAUUAGUCAUUUCAUGUGUGAUUGGUCAAGGUUCCAUCAUGGAUAUUCUUUCUGAAGGAAAUGUUAAGUUUGCCAUUACUCUUCUGAAAAAACUUUGUGAAGAAAAACCACGAAAUGUGUUGUUUUCUCCCCCAAGCAUCUCAUUUACCCUGAAAAUGAUCCUCUUGGGAACAAAGAAAGAAACAGCUGCACAAAUAGCAGAGUUACUUUCCUUAAAUAAAAAGAGAGAUAUCCUUUGGGGAUUCCAAUUACUUAUUAAUGAAAUGAACAAAUCAUCUACUUGGUAUCAGCUUCAAACUACUAACAAGAUCUUUGGAGAAAAUACUCUAAAUUUUGUCCAAUCUUUUAGGAAAUCCUGUUUCAGAUUCUGCAAUUCAGUAAUGGAAGAUGUUUGCUUUUCUCAAGAGGCAGGGGCCAUCAGGAAAUACAUAAAUGACUGGGUAGCAAAGAAGACUGAAGAUAACAUUUUAGAGGCUCUACCUGAUGGUCUCGUUGAUCCACUUAGCCUGCUGGUCUUAGUGAAUUCCAUCAACUUUAAAGCAAGCUGGGAGCAGGCAUUUGAUCCAAGGCACACAUAUACUGAUGUUUUAAAAAUCAGUCAGCAUGAGAAAAGAACAUUUCAAAUUAUGAAGAUGAAAGAAGAGUUUCUGACAUAUCCAUUAGAAGAGCUGAAUGGACAGCUCUUCAUCUUUCCCUAUCGUGGAAUGGAAUUGACCAUGAUCUUUGUGUUUUCUACUAUUGGUGACCUAACUAAGUUGGAAAAUGGGCUUACCUAUGAAAGAUUUAUAACCUGGACAAAGCCAGAAACAAUGGCCUUAAUGGAAAAUCAUGACGAGACAUUUUUUCUCCCCAAAAUCAAGAUAGAGGAGACCUGUGACCUGGAGCAUAUCCUCUCUACUUUGGGGAUGUCAGAUGCAUUUGAUGAGCAAAGGGCUGACUUUUCUGGAAUGUUUACACUGAAACCUUUGUAUUUAUCCAAAGUUUUGCAUAAAUCUUACCUGGAGAUCAAUGAAGAAGGCAUCAAGGCAUCUGCUGCCACUAUAGCAGCAGAGAUACCAGCAGCUGCAAAGAGAAGUGAAGGUCUGAAGACUAAUGGUUUCUUUCUUUUUUUUAUCUGGAGCUAUAAAACCAAAAGUAUUCUGUUCUGUGGCAGAGUGUCCACUCCCUAAAGAGAUGUAGUCACUAUCCCUAGAAUAUUUUCCCUCUUGUUACUUCCCUUUCUCUUCCUAAGAUGCAUAAAGAUGCUAUAUCUAAAGCAUGUAAGCUGUGCUGAUUUUACUGAUAGAGUGUAGUAGGGAACAAUAUGUAAAACACUUCAUUGUGAAACUGCACAUGGACCACAUAUAACCUUGAUGACUUUCAUCCUGACAGGCAUUAGGGAUUAGGUUGGGAGUGUGAAGAUUUAAUCUUUAAGAGGAAGAGCCUAUACUAAUGUGAGUUAGGUAGGAGAGUCUAAGUCCAUCAAAUAUUCUCACUUCUUUAUUAUGUUGUUACCUCGUUAAUGGAGGUGAAGAAGAUUGAUCAAUAAUGUUUACUGAGUUCUUGUAGGCUGAGCCCUAGACUAACUUUUAAUAAAAACCACCCAUCCUAGCUCCUA